AUGGCGACCGACAAGAAAGUCACCGAGGUUACAACUGCAGAGCCUACCUCUUCAGACUCGUUCCAUUCAACAGACAACAACACGGUAAUGGACAAUGCAAAUGGAAAACGGCCGCCACCGUUGCUCGCUAAGCUGAUCGCCGUGUUUGUUAUUUCCUGCAUCAGUUUCGGGUCCCACUGGAGCAGCGGCGUUGUAGGAGCGAUGAAGAGUACUUUGAAGAAGCAAAUGCACAUCACGAAUACUCAAUUCUCGUUACUUGAAGCCAGUGAGAACUUUAUGGCUACCGUCCUUCUUCUACCGGGUGGUAUUGUGACCGACAGAGUAGGAGGUGCUCGGAUGAUUGUUUAUGGCAAUAUCGUGUACACCAUUGGAUCCAUACUGGUGGCUGCUGCAACCACAGUUCGAUCCUUCAAGUUCAUGGUCGGCGGAAGGAUCAUCCUCUCCCUUGGUGACAUUGCUACCCAAACGGCACAGUACAAGAUGUUCUCGUCGUGGUUUCCUCCAAGCAAUGGAUUCGCCUCGACCCUUGGUUUUGAACUGGCAAUUGGCAAAAUUGGAGGGUUUGUAGGAAAGUCAACAGCAAACAUCAUCGCUAAGAAUACCGGUAAUUUUGCUUGGGUCUUUUGGACGUCCGUCUUCAUGAACCUUUUCACGAACGCAGCAACUUGCUUCUUCUGGCUAUUCAAUCGUUAUUGCGAGAAACACUUCCGUGGUCGCGAAGACAAGGCAACCCAGGAAACUCUGACCGAAAAGAACAAGAAGUUCGAACUCCGCAAGAUGUUUCAAUUGCCGUGGAUGUUUUGGGCUAUUCUCGCCUUCUCGAUGUUCCAGACUAGCACAGCCAGUGUCUUCAGCUCGAACGCCACAGAGUUAGCUGAGAAGAGAUUCAAUGUCGAUGCGAUCACGGCGGGAUGGUACAGCUCUUUAGCCCAAUAUGCAGGUUUCUUCCUUGUACCCUGCUUGGGAGUUUUUACUGACAUCCUCGGCCAUCGUGCCUCUGUUCUAUGUGUGUGCGGUUUGGGGAUCUUUAUCGCCAUGGUAUUGGUGAACUUCGCCGAGUCCAAACAAGGCACAGCCGCGGCAUUCGGUAUGUACGCGGUUGCGGUUUCACUGGGUCCAACAUCUAUCAUCGACGGCAUCCGUACGACUCUUUGGCAUCAGUCGGUCUUUGGCUCUGCGUACGCACUAAAGGUUACCAUGAAUAACGCGUAUGAACCCUUAAGAAUGCAAGGACUAACCAAUGGUUUUAGAAUGACGAUUAUUAUCGGCAUCAUUACAGGUGCACUUCAAGAUGCUGAUAAUGAUUCCUACCGUCGAUCCGUGCGGGUCUACCUCUUUCUGGCCAUCUGUUGCGCGAUUGUUUCGAUCGUCCUCCUGAUCGGUUCCAUUAUCGGUCGGGAUCUUGCUCCUCUGCAAUGGACCCGCAAGCGACGCCUGGCCACCGGAGCUGAGUACAUCGGCAAGCUUCGGGAACAUCAUCUGGUGACACACUACCAGCACUUACCUGACAAGAUCGCCGGGGACACCUUGGUGCCAAUGCGUCUUCCGCCCGAAAUCAUUCAACUCAUUAUUGAGUCUAUCAUCCCUCCAGAUCCGCCGGUGGCGUAUCCCGACUUUUCAGGAGAAAUCGAUACCUUGGUCAACUUGACAUUGGUUUCGCGAUUUACUUGCCAGAUCGCAAGACGACUUCUCAUCAAUCACUGUCUUCUUAUUGACGAUGAAUGGUUAUUGGGGCAACUGCUCGAAUGUGAGCCACCAGAACUUGUCAACCGAAGGCCAAAUGAUACGGGGGCACAAGUACAGAAAAGUACUGCAGCUGGCCUUGUACUGGUUUUGGAUGAGCCAGAUAGGCCCCCGGUUGCGAGAGAUAUCGAAACGCUCUCGUUUCACCUUUGUCACCGCUUGACCAGGCUGGUGAUUGAUUUACCCCUGCGCUUCUAUAACCCGUCAAUCCCCGAGUUGGAGGUGCGCCCCAUGCUACGCGAAGCGUUCAAGCGCUUGACGCUAUUAGAGGAAUUCUGUUCAGCUGCAGACGACCUUUGCCUUGAUACGCAAAAGCUACCCUACAUUUGGGAGACCCCUUCCGACCAGCUGGAGGAGGCGGAUUAUGAACCAGCGGUGUGGUCACUAUGGCCUCGUCUGCGCCGUCUUGCCCUGUGCGAAGUUGAUGUCACAUCCAUGCAAUUCAUCGGGGGACUCCGCCGGUGUUCGAACUUGACACACCUGGUCCUUGUUGCACCUUCUGGCUUGGAUCGCGAUGUUCGGUCUGGCUGGCAGUCAACUGACUUCUUGCCCUCACUCGAACGGCUCCUGAUUGCAGAUUCAGCCGAUGAGUUUGAGAUGGUUAAUGGCAAGGACCAUCUCGGGGAUGACAAAGGCUUUGUACGGCAACUCUUUCAGUGCUACAAGUCACGACAGUUGGGAAAGCAGAGAUACUAUUCCAAAGACGAGGAAAGUGUUGAGUUCGACUCGCUCGUCAAGAAAAUAGCUUUUCCCGUGCCAAACUAUCGUAAGGGAGAUGACGAUAUCAUCUGCCACGGAUGGCUCCUCGAUGCCAGUAUAGACGGAACUAUCUGGACUGAACCAUAUGGUAUCGGGAGUCGAUACAUGUUAGCAAGAAAUACAUAUACCACGUGA